AUGGGGACGGGACCCGGCGUCUCCGGGCGCCGAGCGGCCUCCAGGCCGGACCCGGGGCUGCCCUCGCGGGACUCUGAGCUCUCCUGGCCCCGGGGUCGCCCCCGCGACGGGGACGAGCAGGUAUGUCAGCACGCCAGCUGUCGGCAGCUGCACCUCGGGGGGCCACUGGGCCUCUGCGAAGCCUGUGACAGCAAGUUCCAGAGCAGCAUGCACUGCGACGGCCAUGUCCACUUCGACCUGCCCCCGCAGGGCUCUGUCCUGGCCCGGAACGUGUCCACGCGGUCAUGCCCCCCGCGCACCAGCCCCGCGGUCGACUUGGAAGAGGAGGAAGAGGGCUCUGUGGAUGGCAAAGGGGACCGCAAGAACACAGGCCUGAAGCUGUCCAAGAAGAAAGCCAGGAGGAGGCACACGGACGACCCCAACAAGGAGUACUUCACCCUCAAGUUCGACCUCAGUGUGGACGCCGAGACGGAGAUCGUCCCAGCCAUGAAGAAGAAGUCGCUGAGAGAGGUCCUGCUGCCCGUGUUUGAAAGGAAGGGCCUGGCACUGGGCAAGGUGGACAUCUACCUGGACCAGUCCAACACACCACUGUCCCUUACCUUCGAGGCCUACCGGUUCGGAGGACACUACCUACGGGUCAGAGCCCCAGCCAAGCCAGGGGACGAGGGGAAGGUGGAACAGGGCAUGAAGGACCCCAAGUGCCUGAGCCUGCCCAGCCUGCGGCCCGCACGGGAACGUGUGGACCCCCAGGGCCGCCGGGAGAGCCUGGACAUCCUGGCCCCUGGCCGCCGCCGGAAGAACAUGUCGGAAUUCCUGGGGGAGGCCAGCGUCCCCGGGCAGGAGCCCCUGCCAGCCUGCAGCUGCUCUCUGCCCAGCAACAGUGGGGGCAGCAGCGAGAGCUGGAAGAACCGGGCAGCCAGUCGCUUCAGCGGCUUCUUCAGCUCCGGCCCCAGCAGUGGCGCCGCCCUGGGCCGGGAGGUAGACAAGAUGGAGCAGCUGGAGGGCAAGCUGCAUGCCUACAGCGUCUUUGGGCUGCCCCGGCUGCCGCGGAGGCUGCACUUUGACCACGACUCCUGGGAGGAGGACGAGGAGGAAGAGGCAGAUGAGCAGGAGGCCUCCUGCCUGCGGCUGGAGGACAGCUGGCGGGAACUCAUUGAUGGGCACGAGAAGCUGACGCGGAGGCAGUGCCACCAGCAGGAGGCGGUGUGGGAGCUUCUGCACACGGAGGCCUCCUACAUCCGCAAGCUGCGAGUCAUCACCAACCUGUUCCUGUGCUGCCUGCUGAACCUGCAAGAGUCGGGGCUGCUGUGCGAGGUGGAGGCUGUGCGCCUUUUCAGCAACAUCCCCGAGAUCGCGCGGCUGCAUGGGGGGCUGUGGGGCAGCGUGAUGGCGCCCGUGCUGGAGAAGGCGCGGCGCACGCGGGCGCCACUGCAGCCGGCAGACUUCCUCAAAGGCUUCAGGAUGUUCGGCUCCCUCUUUAAGCCCUACAUUCGCUACUGCAUGGAGGAGGAGGGCUGCAUGGAGUACAUGCGCGGCCUGUUGCGGGACAACGACCUCUUCCGCGCCUACGUCACGUGGGCGGAGAAACACGAGCAGUGCCAGCGGCUGAAGCUGAGCGACAUGCUGGCCAAGCCGCACCAGCGCCUCACCAAGUACCCGCUGUUGCUCAAGUCGGUACUGCGGAAGACCGACGAGCCGCGCGCCAGGGAGGCUGUGGCCACCAUGAUCGGUUCCGUGGAGCGCUUCAUCCACCACGUGAACACGUGCAUGCGACAGCGCCAGGAGAGGCAGCGGCUGGCUGCGGUCGUGAGCCGCAUCGACGCCUACGAGGUGGUGGAGGGCAGCAACGACGAGGUGGACAAGCUCCUGAAGGAAUUUCUGCAUCUGGACUUGACGGCACCCAUCGUGGGCGCCUCCCCAGAGGAGACCCGGCAGCUACUGCUGGAGGGCAGCCUGAGAAUGAAGGAGGGCAAAGACAGCAAGAUGGACGUGUACUGCUUCCUCUUCACGGAUCUGCUCCUGGUGACCAAGGCCGUGAGGAAGGCCGAGAGGACCAGGGUCAUCAGGCCGCCGCUGCUGGUGGACAAGCUUGUGUGCCGGGAGCUGCGGGACCCCGGCGCCUUCCUUCUGAUCCACCUGAAUGAGCUCCGCAGUGCCGUGGGGGCCUACACGUUCCAGGCUAGCGGCCAGGCCUUGUGCCGGGGCUGGGUGGAGGCCAUUUACAACGCCCAGAACCAGCUGCAGCAACUGCGUGCCCAGGAGCAGCCAGGCAGCCAGCAGCAGCUGCAGAGCCUGGAAGAGGAGGUGGAAGAGCCGGAGGAGGAGGAGGAGGGCAGCACCUCAGCUGCCAGCUCCCCCACCAUCCUGCGCAGAAGCAGCAGUAGCCUCGACUCCCAGCACGGUGUCUUGGAUGGCUCCACAGAGACCCUGGCCACAGCUGCGGUGGGGCCUGGGGAGAUGCUGUCUUCUCCCGAGUCGGACAACGGCCCCUUCAGCUCCCCAUCAGAUGAGACCUCGCUGGGCACCACUGCCUCAUCCAUCACGCCCACCAGCGAGCUGCUGCCCUUGGGCCCUGCCGACAGCCGCUCCUGCUCCAUGGACUCUGCCUAUGGCACCCUCUCCCCAACCUCCCUGCGGGACUUCAUGGCCCCGGCCCCUGUGGUGGAGCCAGUGCCCCCAGCCCCAGUGCUACCGACCGCCCCUUCGCCCCCACCCUCGCCCCGCCUCCGCCGCCGUACCCCUGUCCAGUUGUUACCCUGUCCGCCCCACCUGCUCAAGUCCAAAUCCGAGGCGAGUCUCCUGCAGUUGUUGUCAGGGGCUGCUGACCAGGGGGCGCCCCUGGGCCCCAGUCGCAGUGUAUCAGAGCUCUGCCUGGGGGCUGCCGCGCCUCCCUGCAGGACCGGGGGUUCCUCUCAGGAAGUUGGGCCCAGCUGGGUUUGCCAAGGAGCUCCUGGCUCUGACAGUAUCUUCAAGCCCUCGGAGGAGGCCGAGGACAGAGGCGGCCAGCUGACUGGGGAGCCCGCGGGGUCAGCCGGGAGGAGCUCCCGGGAGCCCUCGGGGACCGCUUCUGUUGUGCAGCCCUCACCAGGGAUCUCCACCCAGCACAGGAAGCUGACAUUGGCCCAACUCUACCGAAUCAGGACCACUCUGCUCCUUAACUCCACGCUCACUGCCUCGUGA